AUGACGUUCAAUUUCGUAACUGUUUUGAUGCUUUGCAACGCUCUCUUCGUGAAUGGCAAAGGUCUCCCACAAACAGAAAAAGAUCGGAUUGAUACUGCUGACCUGCUUAAGCAACUGCAAGAACCUGAAGAUGAUUAUUUCCCUGGAAAAAGUGAUAACCGUUUACCUCAUGAAAUGUUCCUGGAGGACUCUUCUGAUGCUCAAGGAAUCACUGUGUAUUGUCGUCAAAAUGACAUGUCCAUUACUAUCCCUAAGCCCAUACUCAAAGGAGUGGACAAGGAACAUCUUCGCCUCCUGGAUCCGAGCUGUAAGGCGACAGAAACUCCCAAGUAUUUCAGUCUCCAAACGCCACUGACUGGAUGCAAGAGUUCUCGCAGAUCAUCCAAAUCUGCCAUUGUUUACAGUAAUACGGUUCUAGAGAUUCCCCUGAAAAACUCAGAUAUUAUCACACGCAUCAGAGAAAUCGAGAUCCCCUUUAGCUGUUACUAUUCCAACAGUGAAAUCGCUGCAGCCGUUGGUUUCAAACCAAAGAGCAGAAAACUAGUCUUCUUGGAAAAAGGGAAAGGAAAUUUUACGGUGCUUUUGGAAUUUUACCAUAGUAAAAGAUACAUCAAGCCAUACGGUCCUAAAGAUUUUCCAAUACCUUACAAACUUCGCCAGCAAAUGUACUUACAAGGGAAAGUAGAUAGCAAAGAUAAGCGGCUGUCAAUCAUGUUUGAAAAUUGUGUCGCCAUACCCACUCCUGACGAAAAGAACGCUGUAGGACUCCAAAUUUUAUCUAAUGGGUAA